AUGCGGCUGCCCCGGAUCGGCUUGCCCGAAGGUCUCAUGGGGCCGAGGAAGCUAGUAAUGCGCCGCCAUAGCCACGAGCGGUUCGGAGAAGAAAAGGGCGUGUUGGACGCUAUGAGGGGCGACGACGAGGAGAAGGUUUCGAGUAAUGAGUCGAUUAAUCAGGUUGUGCACGCACAUGGCGGGGAGUCGAUACGGAAAGGGGAGGUGAUGGCUGGUGUUCAGGAGGACUUGCGCGAGAACAAGCCGUCGUUGACUUCUCUGACUGCUGCAUCCACGUCAGCAUCCAUUACACCUGGAUCACUCACUUCGUCCUCCUCGUCCCCCUUCCCAUCCUCUGCCCGCCCGUCCCCAUCUGUCGCCAUCUGUCUCGUGGGCUCCCCACGCGACUUCCACAUAACGGGUCCCUCUAUGAAGCGGCACCUGCUCUCCGCGUAUCCCGCUGCGGCCACGCACGUCAUCGCCUCGCGCGUGCUCAAUGCGGAGGGCUCCCCCAGUGGCGCGCAGGUGGGCGGAGCAGGGGGAACAGGGAAUGGGAGGGGAGAGGGAUGA